AUGAUAGAUUCAAAAGGAAAUGAACUUGGUAAAUUAUUCAUUGGUGGAUUAUCACAAUCAACAAAUAAUGAUAGUCUACGUUUAUAUUUUUCAAGAUUCGGUAAAAUUGAUAAGGCUAUUGUAAUGAUGGAUAAUAAAACUGGUAGAUCACGUGGUUUUGGAUAUAUAAAAUAUUAUGAAUAUAAAUCAGUUAUAUUAACUUUAGAAGUUAAAUUGCAUAUUAUAGAUGGUAAACAAGUUGAUGUAAAACAGUUUAAUAUUAAUAUGAAAGGAUGUAAUAGACGUAAUUUAAAAAUAUUUGUUGGUGGUAUAAGCUUAGAACAAGAUAUUGAAUCAAUUAAAGCAUAUUUUAAACAAUAUGGACAUGUAACAGAUGUUAAUUUAAUGAUGGAUAUAAAUAAACAAAAACAUCGAGGUUUUGCUUUCGUCGAAUUUGACAAUGAAAAUGUUGUCAAACAAUUAAUUAACUUACACUAUGUUAAUAUGAAUAAUAAACAAGUUGAAAUUAAAGCAAUGGAGCCAAAAAAUUUUAGUAGAAAAGUAAAAAAUAAUCAUACAUUAAGGCAAAUCAGCACUACAAUUACCAGCAAUAAUAAUAAUAAUAGUGGUAACAUAUGUAAUUUAUCAUCAAAAAAUCCAUCAUAUACUGAUAUAUCACAUUUUCAUGAAGUUUAUCAGCAUACAAAUAAUCCACUAAAUUUUACUGUAAAUCAUUUACCAUCUUCUGCUUACUCUUUACAUAAUCAUCCAUUUUUACCAUUUCAACUCAAUAAUCAACUGGAAUUUCUUCAACCGAAUACAAUAAGGUAUUUACCAGUAUUCUAUAAUCACCAACAGAUGAAUAUAUCUGAUCCUGCUUUUCCUACUCUUAUACACAGUAAUACUGAUAAUUAUAUAAAUACAAAUAAUUACUUGGAUGAUAGUUUCUCAGUACAAAAUAAUCUUAUCUCAGAGUAUACAUUACAACCUAUAGCCUUCAUGAAUAAACCAUUCACAGGAAAUCAAAGUAUACUUCAAAAUUCUACAAAUAAAUCAACUACUGGUAAGCAUUCAUCAACUUCAGUGUUAUCACCAUUAUACAUUACUACACUGGCUAAUGUAAAUCCUUAUCAUAAAAUCAAUAGAGUACAAGUUCCACCAAAACACCCUUCAUAUAUACCGCCAAUACUGACUACCAAUCAAUUAAAACAACAAUCACAUAGUUUAUUUUAUUCAAAUAUAUUCAAUUUUCAACAGCUUAACCCAUCAGUUUAUACUAUUCAGUGUGAACUUAUUCCAUUGCAUGUUAUUUCACCAUCAAGUAAUUCUAUGAUAAAACAAUCUUCAUGCAAUAAUAUUACUCCUAUCGUUGUUUGUAAUGAUAUGCCUAAUAAUACUGAUAGUGGGAUUUUUUCCACUACUAGUAAGAACAGUAGCACUAAGAAAGAAGAGCAGCAUAUAACCAAUGAUAAUUUAUCUAAGGCAAUUUCAACAGCUUCUAAUACGGCAAACGCUUUAACUACUUCAGGUAUUGUAAGUAUUUCUAUGGAUAAUACAAGUACAGCUGUAACUCUGUCUUCAGAAGCUACCGACAGUGCAACUACAAAUACUACCAAUGCUGAUGCAACCAAUUUAACAAAGUUGAAAGGAUUACUAGAGACCAUAAAGAUUGGAUGA